CUAAACAGGGCUGCCUUCAGAUGCCUUUUAAAAGUACAGUGGUACCUCAGGUUAAGAACUUAAUUCGUUCUGGAGGUCCGUUCUUAACCUGAAACUGUUCUUAACCUGAGGUACCAUUUUGCUUAAGGGUGCCUCCCACUGCCGCCACACGAUUUCUGUUCUCAUCCUGAAGCAAAGUUUUUAACCCGAGGUACUGUUUCUGGGUUAGCAGAGUCUGUAGCCUGAAGCGUCUGUAACCUGAAGUGUCUGUAACCCAAGGUACCACUGUAGGAUAGUUGCUUAUUUCCUUGACAUCUGAUGGGAGGGCGUUCCACAGGGUGGAUGCCACUACCAAGAAGGCCCUCUGCCUGGUUCCCUGUAACCUCACUUCUCGCAGGGAGGGAACCGCCAGAAGGCCCUUGAAGCUGCACCUCAGUGUCCGGGCUGAAUGAUAGGGGUGGAGACACUCCUUCAGGUAUACAGGGAAAGAAGGAGGGACGGAGGCCAGUGUUGCCCGCAGCACCCCUACCCAUCAUUCGAGACACCCCAGGGUGCCACUGCACACUGUUUGAAAACCACUGCUCUGACCAUAGGACCAAAUGCAUGUUAGUAUGUAUGUAUUCACAUAUGGCCACAUCUGCUAUGUGAAGAUGGCUCUGAAAUUCUCCUGGCACUUAAGUGUGCUUAGAAGUCAUCUAGAAACUGUGCUAAACAGAACACUGCAGGAUGCCACCGUGGAUUUGGUCACUUCCGUUCUGGGAACACUUGUGUUCAUGUUUCCGCCUAAAACGUGUACAAAUGUUCUGUGUUUUGUUUGUUUCAGUUAAAGGCAUGGCUUCUGGAACAGCAUUGGUUUAUGAUGAUGAAAUGACCAGCCAUAAGCUCCUUUGGGAUGACCCAAUCUGUGACAUUGAAGUCCCCGAGCGGCUUUCUUCCUGCUAUGAGCGCCUUAAAUGCUAUAACCUGGUUGAAAGAUGCGUCUCUGUACCUGUCAGAGAAGGAACUGAGGAAGAGCUCGGAUUAUUUGGAAACUGUGAAGACAACUCCGAAAAUGACAGAAGAGGAGCUCCGAAAAACCUCGGCGGGUUACGAUGCCGUUUUCUUUCACCCGAGGUUGUGGUGGAAGGCUUGAAUUGCAACAUCUGCUGUUCUUCAGACCACGUAUCGCUGUGCCAAAUUGGCUGUGGGAGGAACGCUGGACAUGGUGGAUGCUGUGAUGUCAGGGAAAACACAAAAUGGGAUGGCUCUGAUCAGACCUCCAGGUCACCACAGCCAGAGAAAUGCAGCCAAUGGGUUUUGUAUAUUCAACAAUGUUGCUAUAGCAGCAAAAUAUGCCCAAAGGAAAUAUGGUCUGCAGAGGUUAAGUAUAUAUUGGUCUCUACAUUUCUUAGUAUCUGGCCCAGAGGUUUUCUUGCUUCUCUAGUGAAUAUUGUCAUUGUUGGUUCAUGCAGAGUUCUCAUUGUUGACUGGGAUGUGCAUCACGGACAAGGAAUUCAAUAUAUAUUUAAUGAAGAUCCAAGUGUUCUCUAUUUUUCCUGGCAUCGGUAUGAACACCAGCAGUACUGGCCUACACUCAGAGAGUCUGAUUAUGAUGCAGUUGGUCAGGGGAAAGGAAAAGGAUUCAAUAUAAAUGUGCCUUGGAAUAAGAUUGGAAUGGGCAAUGCAGAUUAUGUAGCCGUAUUUCUUCAUGUGUUGCUUCCAUUGGCUUUUGAGUUUGAUCCAGAACUUGUUUUGGUCUCUGCUGGUUACGAUUCUGGAAUUGGUGACCCAGAGGGUCAGAUGAGCACUACGCCAGAAUGUUUUGCCCAUCUCACUCAUUUCCUAAUGCAGUUGGCGAAAGGGAAAUUGUGUGUGGUCCUGGAGGGUGGAUAUCAUCUGAGGUCGCUGUCUGAAUCGGUUUGUAUGACUCUAAAAACUUUGCUUGGAGAUCCAUUGCCACGUUUGUCUGGAGAAAUGGCACCAUGCUUAAGUGCAUUAGAAUCAAUCCACAAUGUAAGAGCUGCACACAAACCAUACUGGAAGUGUUUGAUGCAUGAAGACAUAGCUCCAUUGCAAGACCUCAGUACCAGGGCACAACUAAUACCCCCACUAGGAGCUGGAAAGCCGAAUAGUGAAGAGGCCAUCAAAACCGACAAGUUUCUGGAGCUCCACAUGAAAAAUAUUUCAUUUCCGAGACCUCACGUUAAAACAACCGUCGCCAUUGAUGAAAGCAAUGCACGCUUGCUUCCACCGUCUGUUCAAAUUGAGAAGGAAAAGGAUACGAAAGAACUCAAGGCCCUUCUCAGCGGACUUGAUGCUGAUCUUGUGAAAGAAGGAAAGGACUUAAACUCAUUUUUGAACAUGUUGGCUGUCCUUGACAAAAUCAUUAAAAAGGAGGUGACCAACGGUCUCGCAGUCUCAUCUGAAGUAUCCCUUUCUUCCAGUCUCGCUCUAAAACAUUGCCGUAACCUGAAGGUACAAAAAGUCCUGUGUGUGUCUGUCGGAGACAUGAAUGUGAAAACUGAUUUGGAUGAUGGCAAAGUUCUCUUGAUAAAUAUCAGUGCUAAACCACCUAGGAAACCUGACACCAAAUACAAUAUAACCGUGAACUGGGAAAAGGGUGUUGAAACAAACAACUUCUUCUCUCCUGCUCUUGGACUCAUUCUUCCGGUUGCAUACAGCUAUCAGCCUGACCUAACCAUUAUAGUUGUUGGACCAAACCAGAGUGUUGGGCAAAAUGGGAUUUCCUUGCUUAUUCGUUUACUGCAAGGCUUGGCACAAUCUCACAUUCUUGCUCUGAUUCAGGAAACUGAGAUAACAUUCUUGCAAGAUAUAAUCAAACCCCUGACGAGUGACUUUGCACCUUCCUUUGGAACAUAUGCACCAGAUCUAAAGGAGAAUGUGCAAAGGGUAAUAGAGUUAAGAGAACAACUUCAAAAUGAAUGGAAAUUGCUUCACUGUUCAGGCAAGUAAUCAG